CUUUUUGUUAGAAAACCUAAUAGAACGAAUGUAUUGUCUAAAUUCGAUUUAUCAGAUAAUAUGCUGUCCUUUAUUGACUCGUCACAUCUUUACAUCGGCCUCAUAAAGUACCAUGACGAAACGGUACCGUGACGUCAUUGUAUCAUCUCGCGAGAUUUGCUACGGUGGGUUGCAAAAUAUCAUUUGACAAUCGGGGAUAUUAAUCCAGGGAACUCGCCAGAAAAAAAAAAAAACAUGUCCAGGUUUAUCGACCAAUCGAGUGACGUGUGUCGUUCUUGAGGCAACAUGUGAACCGCGUGAUAACGCUGCAUGAUUUUACCACAGCGUUUCCAGCACAACGGAGUCUUCUGAAAAGGCGAAAAACCAUGCUAGCCACUCCUGUGGUUAGGUUUGCGCAAUACAAUGGCAGCAUCACGACAGCACCACCAGGGAAUACGUCUACUUUCUCCACAUGGCUACCUGAUUCCGAAGCUAACAUCAGCAAGCCGCACAAAUGUCUACAAAUUCUGUAUGAGGAUGUUGGUGACUCCAGGGUACGCUUCUGGGACAUCACCCUCCUCAUACCGAAUGUGGCCUUCUUUGUUUUCCUGAUGUGGAAGCUGCCAUCAGCAAGGGCAAAGAUUCGGAUCACGUCUAGCCCCAUCUUCAUCACCUUUUACCUGCUGGUAUUUGUCGUAGCAGCAGUUGGAAUUACCCGGGCCAUUGUAUCAAUGACUGUCAGUGCAUCCAGCUCUGCCACCAUCAUCGACAAAGUAUUAUGGGAAAUCACCCGCUUCUUCUUACUGGCCAUUGAACUCAGUGUUGUCAUUCUGGGACUGGCUUUUGGUCAUUUGGAGAGUAAAUCUAGUAUAAAGCGGGUGCUGGCUAUCACGACUGUGCUCGCGUUGGCAUUCUCCAUCACACAGGGCACUUUAGAGAUCUAUUACCCGGACAGCCACCUGUCCGCUGAGGACUUCAACAUCUACGGACAUGGAGGGCGACAUUUUUGGUUGGCCAGCUCCUGCUUCUUCUUCUUGGUGUACUCUCUGAUUGUGAUCUUGCCUAAAACUCCAGUGAGGGAGAGGAUAUCUCUGCCAUCUAAGAAGAGUUUCUAUGUGUAUGCUGCCACCCUCUCCUUAUUGAACUUCAUCCAGGGUCUGGGCAGUGCCCUUCUGUGUGCAGGAAUUAUCGAGGGACUCUGCUGUGUUGAUGUCACCACCUUCCUCUACUUCUCUGCUUUCGCACCACUCAUCUACAUCACAUUCCUCAAAGGAUUCUUUGGCUCAGAACCAAAGAUCCUGUUCUCCUACAAGUCACAGGUGGACGAGGCAGAUGAAAGCGAUGUCAACCUUCCACCGACUGUAGCAUCAACCCUUGGCCGCCGGGAGCUCACCGAUCAAGGCCUGUACUAUUCCUCCACCCAGUUUGACGGCUCGGGUCCCAGCAGUGCAGGAGUGGUUGGAGCGCAUCUCGACGACGUUGUUUCGGGACCCUAUGGAUCCAGCAGCAUCAACAGCAUUGAAGCUGAUCAUUGGAGGCCAAUUAACGUCUAAUUCCUCUGUGGGGGUGGUGUCAAACAUUUGAACUCGAGUGUGUGUAAAUGAAGAGUCAAAAGCAAUGUGUAAAUGUGUUUCUAUGAGACCAAGGCGGCAGUAUAAAUAUGGGUGAAGAAGUAAGGAGGGACCCUUUUCUAUCCAUUUAUGUUGUGGCUCCUGACUAAUUGACAGUUUUGUUUCCUUUUUUUUUAAACACUGUUGCCAGUGUGCCCCGCUGCUGUAGCUCUUCGCUCAAGCUGACUUUUUCUCAGCAGAUCUUCUCUCAUUCCGCUUUUCUUCAGCAAUCGCUUUGUCCUCAGUGAGGAAGAUUUCUUCAUUACAUUCUUAACAUGAUUUGAGACACUGAGUAUCAUUUGUACAUUCCCAUUGAAAAGUUUCCAAAACGUUACGUGCUACAAGUUAUCAGUUGCGUGACCUAAACUGCCAUUUCUCAACAUACUUGGCAAAGUUGUGUGCUAUUGACAGGUAUAUUUUACCUUUUGAACUAAGUACUAUUCUGUUAAGUGAAAGUGUUGUGUGUUGCUGUGUAAAAAGAAAGUGGAUUGCAAAUAUAUUCUGUGGUUCAGUUUACACCAUCUUGACUGUCGACUGACACUGAACAAAAAGAAUUAUCAGCCAUGGUCUUAGACUUUUUCACCCCCUUGUACUCUUCAUCUGAGCCGGAAAUGCCUCAUUAACUGCAUUUUUUUUUUGGUCAAGGACAAAAGCUGCCUUGUAUUUAUCCCACCUAUCACUGUUGGUUGUGUGAGUGCUUGGAAAUGUGAAAAGAGCUCUGUAUUAAAACUACAUAGUAUUCACAGUGGUAUCCUACAGUAUAUGGUGAAAACAUACUGCAAGGUUACAUUUGAAUGUAUUUGUUGUGCAGCAACAACAAAAAAAAAAACAUUCUUGACUUGGCCGACGGCGUUUUUGAUUCGAAUUCGGCUGAACGAUGCUACUUAACUGGAGUAGUUUAGAGUAUCUCUGCUUUUUCAUUUUGCAGAUUAGCUCUAAAAUGCUUCUCUAAAUUGCAUUCCAUAAUUUGUAAAAUAGCACUUUCCUGUCAAAUGAAUUCAUGUUAUAUACAGAAUAAAAAUGAGAGUAAUACUCCGUG